AUGUCUCCAAACACGACUUGUGAUGCCCUGGCAUCCUUUUCUCAGAGGCCCAACGCGGCCAAAAAGAAAGAGGCCCUUGAGCUCAGAAAGACUAUGAAACCUUUGCUGGAAAAAAGAAGGCGCGCUCGUAUUAACGACAGCCUGAACCACUUGAAAGAGCUGAUUCUUCCUUUCACCGGCAGAGAUAAGACUCGUUACUCCAAGUUGGAGAAAGCAGACAUCCUGGAGAUGACUGUGAGGUUCCUCAGUGACACCCGCCCUGUCCAAAAUAAAAAUUCCACGGGCAGUUACCAAGAGGGCUACAAAGCUUGCCUCCAGCGCGUCUCUGCGCUCCUUCCCAAAAGCAGCCUGCAGGAGCGGGACGCGUCCCGGCAGGUGACCGACUUCCUCCAGCGGUCCGUGGCCUCCGCGGUCGCCCGGCACUGCCGCAAGUGCUGCACACAGAGCUCCGCGGCUUUCCCGCACAUCCAGCAGAGGCUCCUGAGCCUCAAAUCCAGUUGGGGCCACAAACCCGAAGGCGAGAUGUCGCCCGUCAGAGCUCGGUCAGCUCCGCAGCACGACAGCGCCACCGUGUGGAGACCCUGGUAG